AGCUGCUCAGCUAUAGAUCGCGUUAUUAUUGCAGCUGGACUUUACUUCUUAAACAGAACAGAGCAAUGUUAAGCACUGAUAAAUUGUGUUAUCUUUUUUUGUGAUAUAAUAACCCUUUGGUCAUUUUGUUUAUAGUUUUAGGGUAGCUAGUAUGAGCUAGCUAGCUGGAAAGAAGCUGGAAAGUGGGUUGCAGUGCGGUGUUUACGCCUGCAUGUGUUUGCAGAUCAUAAAAAAAAAAAAAAAAAAGCCCUGAAAGUGUAGACAUGCAGGGAUGUAGAUGGCAGACUGCAGCUUUGUUUUCGUGCAUGAAAGCAGCGUGCAGAGCUCAGCCAAGCCAGACACAGCCACAGGACGGGAAACACCGCGCUUCAGCGGGUCUCUAUUCGCACUUUCACACCGAUUAGUCCAUCUGCUGGAUCCGAGCCAGAGUUGUUGAGGUAAAAUGAGUUCUCAGCAGUUUCCCCGGGCGCCCUUGCCUCCUGCAGGAGUGGGACAGGGCCCCGCACCCACUGGCAACAGCACCCUCAUUCCAGGAGGUCAACCAGGAGGAGAAGAAGGCAGCAGAGAGGCAGACCACCCUCAGGACUCUCUCCCUAGUGGCAGUGUGGCUGGGGCGGCUUUGCAGUUCCGUGACGAUAAGCAGGAGACUGUGGUGGUUAGGCCCUAUCCUCAAGUGCAGACUUUGAGCCAGGCACCAGCUUUGGCACAGCACCUGUCAAUCCAGCCGAACCCCACAGUCACUGUAGCUGCACCGCCAGGUCAUCUGGCCCCGGGCCAGCAGCCUGCCUUCACUGACGGAGCAGUCAAGCAGGCUGGCCUAAAGUCUGCUAUGCCCAGUCGACUUAUUGCCCCAGCUCCAGCUGCUAGUCAAGGGCACCUUUCCGGCCCAGCAAAGGUGCCUGGUCAUAUUACUGUUACCCUGGAAAGCAGUAUGGCUCCAGCCUCCAUCCCUGUGGCAACCAUCAGCGGUCAGCAGGGACAGAGUAAUCUGCACCACCUGAUGGCAACCAACCUGCAGAUCAUCAGGGGCAGCACACCUGCACUCCAGAUCGGCUCUCCUACUGCUCCCCCUCACACAUUCACCUCCCACCUGCCCAGAGGUGCAGCUGCUGCAGCUGUGAUGUCGAGCACUAAGGGCCCUACAGUUCUGAGACCCGCGUGUGGAGCGAAUGCAGCACCGGCUCAACCUGCAGCCGUACAGCACAUCAUCCAUUCCAUUCCGUCUCGACCUGCAGCCACCACCUCCACCGCUGUACUGCCCACCGUGGUUGCCCCCAUUUCAACAGCCAGAACCCAAUCUCCUGUUAUCAGCCCUCCAGUUACUCACACUGCAGAGAUAGUGCAUGGGCGUCCGGGGCUUACAGUCCACCCUCCUAGUGCCACCAUCAGUAUCCAGAGGCCUUCAACACAGAGAGAUACAGGCGCACGCAUCACACUGCCUUCCCAUCCAGCCAUGGGAGCUCAAAAAGCCCAGCCUGCACACACCAUGACCCAGAAGCCUAUUUUCAGCACUGUGACUCCUGUUGCUGCGGCGACUGUUGCACCCAUCUUAGCUACCAAUACUGUCCCAUCAACUACCACAACAGGUUCUGCACCUCACACCCAGAUGAGCAGCAGUACAAUAGUUUCCAUGACGAUGGCUUCCCACUCUUCGCAUGCCACGGCUGUAACCAGCUCUGCCAUUCCUGUUGCUAAAGUGGUUCCUCAGCCGAUUACCCACACUUCCCCUCGGAUCCAACCUGAAUAUUCUGGGGAGAGAACAAACCUGAUCCCCAUCUCUGGCCACCGCUCGUCCCCGAAUCCUGUCACUAUGGAGGCCCGCAGUGACAAUAGACCCACUGUGCCUGUCCAGUUCCAGUACUUUUUACCCACAAACCCACCAUACGCCUAUCCGCUCGCACAUACCUAUACACCGAUCACUAGCUCUGUUUCCACCAUCCGACCCUAUCCAGUCACAGCACAGGCUCCAAGCUCUGCGAUUCCUGCUCAGGCUGGUGUGGGCGUGGCCACCACUGUGCAUUUAAACCCAAUGCAGCUGAUGACUGUGGAUCGCAUCGGCCUGCAGUCAGCUCAAAUCAGUACUCAGAAUAUCCAGCCAGCUUCCAUGGCUGCCCAGGGCAUUCAGCCUACACAAAUCGGAGUACAGGGCCUGCAUGCCACUGCACCAAUCAGUACACAGGGAAUUCAGCAGGCACCAGUUGCCACACAACAGCCACAGCCAGAGGCAAAACCAUCGGCAGGUGUAGUUCUGGCUGAGAGCACUGGAUUUGUGACCAACCCAAUUGGCAGUACAUUCAGCGCUACGCAGCCUGUCACCACUGUAGUUCAGACGCACCCCCAGGGGACGAGCACAGGCGCACCCACACUAGUCUCUUCACCCAGACCCAGCAUCCUCCGCAAGAAACCUGUGAAUGAGGGGGCUGUGCGUAAAACUUUGAUCCAAGCGCAGCCGAGCGAGCCUAGUUCUGCAAGAGUGGAUAGUGGCGUGCGAUUGGCUGGAUCCCCACGACCAGCGGGAGUGAAGCCCAAACCUGACAUUCACGUCGCCAUGACGCCUCCGGUGAUGGCCACUGUGGAGGCCCUGCCCACUCAUGGUGGAGAACAGCAGCCCCUCUCAGCUCCAGCUCAGCACCUAUCACAGGCCAUUCCUGCUCUUCUGGCCCCACCUAUUCCCCCACCUCCCUCUCAGCCUGCAGCAGUUCUGUCUGCCCUCCCUGCAGCCAUGGCCGUAACGCCUCCUGUUCCUGCCUCUAUGGCUAAUGCCGUCUCCUCCCCCACUCAGCCAGCAGCCAGUAGCACAGCAGCACUUAGCUCUGCCCUUCCGGAGAUCAAAGUAAAGCAGGAGGCGGAGUCUAUGGACACAUCACAGCCAGCUCUUUCCAUCCCCUCAUCGACAGCCCCAGCCUCCGUCUUCUCCUCUCAGGCCUCAGGCCUCACAGUGCCCCCUCAGCCUGGAGAUCUUCUGCCUGGCGCCUCCCCACGGAAGAAACCACGCAAACAGCAGCACGUUAUCUCCAACGAGGAGGGUGAGAUGAUGGAUACCAACAGCACAGACGAAGAGCGGGCUAGCAGCAGAACUCCAGGGAGCAAAGCAGAGAGACCAGAGUCACCUCCCAGGGAAUAUGUGGAUGAAGAGGGUGUACGGUAUGUGCCUGUGCGCCCCAGACCUCCAAUCACGCUCCUGCGUCAUUACAGAAACCCCUGGAAAGCUGCAUACCAUCACUUCCAGAGAUACAGCGACAUGCGUGUUAAAGAGGAGAAAAAGAAUUCUCUCCAAGACAUGGCCAAUCAGAGGGGAGUUGCGUGCCGUGCCCAGGGUUGGAAGGUGCACUUGUGUGCUGCGCAGCUUAAGCAGUUGACAAGCCUAGAGCAUGACGUGUACAGCCGCCUCACCACACUGCAGGAGGGACUCAUCCCGAAGAAGAGAGCAGGAGCUGAUGAUGACUUGCACCGCAUCAACGAGCUCAUCCAGGGUAACAUGCAGCGCUGUAAGCUAGUGAUGGAUCAGGUGACUGAGGCAAGAGACACCAUGAUGAAAGUUCUGGACCAUAAAGAUAGAGUCCUCAAGUUACUCAACAAAAACGGCACAGUCAAGAAGAGCUCCAAGUUAAAGCGCAAAGAGCGGACCUAGACAAGAUGGGAGCAAUCUCUCUCCUAUAUCUCUCUCUUUUUAUCUCUGUUUAUGCACCUGUAAGGUCAAAUGAAAAUAUUUUGGUUCAGUGUUUGGACCAUGUCAUGGUUUUUCAGGUUGCUGUGCACAAUCACACAUAUGAUCUAAAUAUAUGUCACCCCAUCUAUAUUAGUCUGAGCAGAGAAAGCAGGUUGUAAACCCUCUGCAUCCCUGGAACCUCUGUCUGUCCCAACCAGUCAAACUACACAGGAACUGCUGCUUAUUGAGGAUUUGUGUUUCCUUAGGUCUGGAUUAAACGGCCCAGUUACCCCAACUAACAUUUUUGUUUCAUUUUCCCCCCAAGGAUACUCUUAGUUUAGUGUUUUAAAAUGAACAUUAAGUUGCCUUACAUUUUCUUUUUUGUCAUAGUAGAGUUGUUAUAGUGUUGGUCAUAGAGAGCUUUAGAAACUCGCACAUGCUUGGUGGAGAUUUUCUCCGUCAUGUCAUGAAGUGAAAAUCAUGACUCCUAGACUAUGUACCUCUUAAUUUAAAUUUUUACUAAGCCGACUGAAGGAAAGUGUGUACAGGUAUAAAGCUUGGUAUGCAGCACACACAAACACACUAGAGCACAGUGUGUAUACAAUCCAAGUUUCAGUGCCUUCUGUCAUGAGUGUAGCUGUGGAAUUUGUCUGUGUUUGCAUUCAACACACUCAAGGAAGCAUUUUCAGAUCAGUUCUAAAAAAUCCCCCAAAUUUCAUAUUUGGCAGUAUAUUUCUGCCUCACUGUCCCCCAUUUGUGAGCAUCUAUUCUAUACUUUGUUUAUCUUAGAGUAAGUGGAUGCGCCAAUGAGAUCUGAAAUGCUGAAGAGCAGUUGAGGACGGCACAUAGAGGUCGAGUAUGUACUUGAAAGAAACAGAAUAAUUGUGUAAUAAGAAUGUGUGGAUUAUUUUACAUUUUCAACCUCAGAAGAAGAUAGUUGUAUAAAUACGAUUGACUUGCUGUUUACUGUAAGUCUGUUUUUGUGUUUGAUAAGACUGUUUUUGUGCCCUGUUAAUGUGGCUCUUCUUUUACAGAUAUAAAGUGAAUGUUGUGGUUAUAACUUAGUUUAAGGAAUAAUUUUGACUCUUUUGUACAUUUUGUUUUUCUCUUUUGUUAUCUGUAUACUAUGUGCUAUCGCAGUAAAAGAAACUGUAUGUAAAA